AGCAGAGCACCAGUCAGACGCGCAGGGAGCCUCACUGAGUUGUGCUAGUGUGUGCGUGUUGGCUGGAGUGUCGGUGAUGGAAACCACGGAGGUAUUUUUGUACAUCUUCCUCGUGUCUCACUACUUGUGGAACGUCGCGUUCAUCUCGUGGCUCUUGGUGUUUGGUUCGCCCACGGAGCUCACCAACUAUGGAUUGCCUCAUUGAAGUUGGCGAGGACCAGCUGCAGAGUCGUUAUGGACUGUUGUGAAAUUCUAGCAUUUCCUCUUUUGAGAACUGGUGACCCAAACAGGAUUUCCGCAGGAUAUCACAUCUGUUUCACAUAACGGUCCGUGCCACUGUUUUGGUCACCAUGGAGAAUGCUGGUGUUAGAAUAGUGUAAUUGUGUGUACCUGCCAUCUUACUUUUUUGGGGGCUCUGUAGUCAAUCAUUGCUGAAGUGAACUUUGCACACAAGAGCUGCAUCCAGGUGGAAGAAUUCAACCAUGGCUUUACCCGAUAGUGGCAUAUCUGCAGAGGAGGUACCCUUCCCAGAGAUCAUAGAGCUGAAUGUCGGCGGUCAGGUUUACAUAACCCGCUACUCAACCCUCACAAGUGUGCCAGACUCCCUGCUAUGGGAGAUGUUCAGUCGCAAGUCAGCCAAAGGACUGGCCAGGGACACCAAAGGGCGUUUCUUCGUGGACCGGGAUGGUUUUCUUUUCCGUUACAUCCUGGACUACAUGCGGGACCAGCAGCUGGUCCUUCCAGACCACUUCCCCGAACGUGGGCGGCUGCAGAGGGAGGCAGAGUUCUUCAACUUGCCUGAGCUUGUCAAGCAACUAGCGCCCAAAAUCAGCAAGCAGAACUCCUUGGGUGACGACGGGUGUCAGAGCGACCCCGAGGACUCCUCACCUGGGAUAGACACACCUCGGAACCUUGGAUCUUUGGGUGCUGCUGCAGCAGCCUGUGGCAGCCUGAUGCCCAGCCCCAUGGACGGGAAGAGGUCCGGGUUCAUUACCAUCGGCUACAGAGGCUCAUACACCCUGGGCCGCGAUAGCCACACCGAUGCCAAAUUCCGUCGGGUGGCCCGCAUCAUGGUCUGUGGGAAGACCUCCCUGGCCAAAGAGGUCUUUGGGGACACCCUGAAUGAGAGCCGUGACCCAGACCGUCCACCUGAGCGCUACACGUCCCGCUACUAUCUCAAGUUCACCUUUCUGGAGCAGGCCUUCGACAAGCUGGCCGACGCUGGCUUCCACAUGGUGGCCUGUAACUCCACAGGAACCUGCGCCUUUGCUCACGAGCAGACGGACGACAAGAUCUGGACCAGCUACACUGAAUAUGUGUUCUACCGUGGUUCAUCUGUGAUUCCCAAGGCCAACACAACCUCUGAUUUCCGCGUUCUGCCUGAAGUGGCUCCAACUAAUCCUCAGACUGACUCGGCUUCGGUGGAUCCAAUCAGCAGCAUCAGCAGCACCCCUGGCGGUCGAACGCAAAGCCUCCCAGAAAGCAGCAGCAUCACAACACCGGACAUACAAGCACCACUAUCCCUUGACUCGCCUCCUGCUCCGCUCACCCCUCCGCUUCCCCCUCCUCCUCCUCCAUCGCUUCCCUCAGGAAGCCCCGAAUUCUCCCCUCCAUCCCCACCUGUCCUGACCCACACACUGCCAUCGUCCAAAUCUUCCAGUCCUCCCUCGACUCCGCCUCCCCCUGAGAGUCCCCAUCGCCCGACCACCCUCCAUCUAAAGACGCUGCCCAGAGUCACCGCCCGAGAGAACGGCGGACCUCCUCCUGAUCUGAACGAGGACGAGGAGGAGCGGAAGCUGCUGGAGGAGGAUCUGAAGAAAUGCAUUGAUGACUUCAAAAAGAUCCGCAUGCCCAAAGUGUUUCCAGAUCGCAAGAGGCACUGGCAAAACGACCUGCUCAAGAAGUACAACGCGUAGCGUGCUUGGCGAAUGACCUUAAACCUGUCCGUUUUCCGCCAAUGAAGAGUCUUGCUUGUUGCUUGCAUCCGCUUGUUUCUGCUGUUGGCAAGUUUGCUUUAACGCUCCAGUAAAAGCAUCGACAUGCCGACAGAAACACACUGACCGGUCUAGUGUGUUAGCUUUGCAAAAUAACACCCAAGUUUCCCCAUCAUGCACAAUGACGUCCUUUUAGUGAGUGAAAUACGCUUAUUCUCAAUAAAGCUUUUUGCAAACAUUAUUACAUUUUUCAAAGGUACAUCAUUGAUAACUUGGUGUCAUUAUUGCUGGAAUUUCGGUCCUGUUCUCGACAUCAAUAGGAGGCAGUUUGGGGGGGUCUCGACAAUCACAUUUGCACAUGAGAGAUUUUAAAACAUUAUCAAUGAAAAUAGCACUGAGUAGAGCUCAGACAUCCAUCAAGAAAGGACAUAUUCUCAAAAAUAUAAAAAAGCCUUUUUGUCUUCCAAGCAUUCGACCACCUGCAGUGCUACCUGAGUUCAUCAAGACCAGUCGUUU